CACACCUCUUGAGUUCACUUUUCCUCCACCACUCUCUGAAGCAAAAUCGACGUCGUAAUAGAACAAAGCCAAUAAGUAAAGAACCCCCAAAUUCUAGGGUUUCUUAGAGGGAGAGAGAGAUCCAAUUCUGAUGGAUGCAUCGGUGCCAUCGAUUGCUCAUGGGAACAUCGACGAGCAAAUCUCUCAGCUCGUGGAUUGCAAACCCUUACCCGAACAAGAUUUAUUCUCAUUUUGUUUUAAGGCCAAGGAGAUCCUAAUGGAAGAGAGCAAUGUGCAUCCUGUGAAAAGCCCUGUCACCAUAUGUGGUGAUAUUCGUGGGCAAGUCCAUGACCUUGCAAAGCUUUUUCGAAUUGGUGGAAAGUGUACCGACACAAAUUAUUUGUUCAUGGGAGAUUAUGUCGAUCGUGUAUACUAUUCAGUUGAAACAGUAACACUGUUGGUUGCUCUCAAAGUGAGAUAUCCUCAAAGGAUUAUUAUUCUACAGGGAAAUCAUGAAAGCUGACGGGUAUAAUUCAAUGGCUGCAUUACUUGGUCACAUCCUUUCUCCCUCCUGAUAGCCCUAAGUGUGCUUCCUUUUUGUCUGUCGUUGUGCCUCAGAAUAUGUUACUUUGGCUUGAAAUUAUAAUGGAAAU